AGAACUUGUUUGCCUGCUCCGAUGUAUGAAAGAAAUGAUGUGAACGUGAUCAGCAUUCUCAAGCAGUGCAUUGGAAAGGAAUUAUCCAAGAUCACAAUGCCAGUAGUGUUGAACGAACCAUUAAGUUUUCUUCAAAGAAUGGUUGAAUAUAUGGAAUAUUCUAAUCUUCUUCUCUCUGCCCACCAAUCAAAUGAUCCUAUUGAGAGGCUUGAACUUGUGACGGCAUUUGCAGUCUCAGCAACUUCAUCAAAUUGGGAAAGAAUUGGUAAGCCAUUCAAUCCUUUACUUGGAGAAACAUUUGAAUUGGAUAGACCAGACAUGGGUUUUCGAAUAGUUUGCGAACAGGUGAGUCAUCAUCCUCCGGUCAGUGCUUUCCACGGCGAGGGUGACCACUUUACAUUUCACGGCUCCAUUCAACCUAAGAUGAAAUUCUGGGGGAAGUCCAUUGAAGUCACGCCCAAAGGAACCAUUACCCUUUAUUUGAAAAAGCAUAAAGAAAUAUAUACGUGGCACAAUGUAAACUGUUCUGUCAACAAUAUCUUUGUGGGCAAGCUCUGGAUUGAACAUUCUGGAACAAUGGAAGUGACAAAUAGGACAAAGAAUUUGAAAUGCACACUGAACUUCAAGUCAGCUGACUUUUUAGGUAGGGAUGUGCACAAAGUUGAAGGAUUCCUUUAUGAUUCCAGUCAGAAGAAGACGAGAGCCCUCUACGGCAAGUGGUUGGAUGCAUUGUACAGUUACGACAUUGGCACUUACGAGGCUUACAUCAAAACCAUCAGAAGAUCACCGUCGCCAUUCAAUCUUGUGAAGUCCCCAUCUGAGGUCAUUCCUAGCAGAGGUUCGUCUUCUAAUUUAAAUCUGACUAAUCAGAAGUGCUUGUGGGAGGCAACACCCAGACCUCAAAACUCAAGCAUGUAUUACAACUUUACAAAAUUCGCAAUGACCUUGAAUGAACUGCCUCCCCAGCUAUCAUCACCACCAACGACAUCAUCAUCGUCACCAUUGCCCCCAACUGAUUCCAGAUUCAGACCUGAUGUAAGAGCCAUGGAAGAAGGAGAUAUUGAAAAAGCUGCCUCCGAGAAGACAAGAAUAGAAGAGAAACAGAGAGCAAUGAUGAAAGACAGAAAAAUUCAUAAGAAAGAUAAUGAAGCCAAGUGGUUCAAAUGGGGUAAGGACGAGAUGUCAGGCAACGAUGAAUGGUUGUUCACUGGUUUGUACUGGGGGCGAUCAUUCAAAGAUUGUGAAAAUAUUUUCUAG